UAGAGGCAGAGGGAGAAUAGUGCGAGCUUAGAAACAGAGCAGGUGACAGGUGAGGGGUGCAUUACAGAAAUGAUGGCAGAGAAAGAAUAGAUAAUAGUGCAGAAGGAAAAAAAGGAGUAUGAGUACAGUUGACAGGUGUGGACAGGAGUUAAAUUUGUUAGCAAAAGAGCUGGUAUAAAAUAGGAGAUACAUAUAGGACAACAGAAUUAGUAGGAGAGUGGGGGUGCGGGGCAAUAGCCAGGAAGUUAGAGAGAUUGGAUGUGACCGAAAAGAGGAUAGCAGGAAAAAAGGUGAAGAAAAUCGAAGAGAGAAAUCAGCUGAUGAGAGACUACAGGGAGUAGAGAUGAGAAUGAUAACAGCAGCAUAGUCGGGUUUAACGAGGCGGCAGAAGAAGACACCUGCAGCGACGAAAGAGUGAAAUCUCAGAAACGCGAAGCACUUGGUGUCUCCGUGGUGUGAUGAACCUGACUCCAACAACAAGGGCAAGUGAAUUUGAUUCUUCAGAUGAGGAAUUUGAAGAAGAGCACCACUUGCCACUCCAAGUAUCUUGGUUGGAUUUAACUGUGCUGAACUACCAACAGUCCCUUGGAAUCUGUGCACUACCAGGUUGUAAAUUUAAAGAUGUAAGGAGGAACCUUCAGAAAGAUCUAGAGGACCUCAAGAGCUACAAUAUACAAGAUGUAUUUGUGUUCUGCACCAAGGGAGAAAUGGUGAAGUACAGGGUUCCAAGCUUGUUAGAAUCAUACCAGCAGGAAGGAUUCACGGUGCAUCACCAUCCUUUACCUGAUGGAAGUGUUCCUGAUAUUGUGAGCUGUUGGAAAAUUCUGGAAGAGUUGAGAAUCUGCUUGGAAAACAGCAAGACAACCCUUAUCCAAUGUUAUGGAGGUCUAGGACGCUCAUGUCUAAUUGCUGCAUGUCUCCUUCUUCAACUGGCUGAUACUAUGCUACCAGAAGCAGCAAUUAACCUUCUUCGUGAACUAAGAGGAACCAGAGCUAUUCAAACUGUCAAGCAAUAUAAUUACUUGCAUGAUUUUCGAGAUAAUCUGGCAACAUACUUGGAAACAAAGGAAGACUCGCCAUGUCGAUCAGUGUCAAGAUGAAGGUUAAAUGCAGAAAUUUCAGACUGUAUUGUCAUUUGUAAAAUUGUAAAUACUAUAUUAACUUUUUGAUUUAAAAACAAAUCUUCUAAACAAUCAAUACUUAAGACUUGAAAUUAUUGUACACAAACUGAUUAUCCAAAUACAUAAAUUAGUACAAAGAAUAACUUGUAUUCAGCAACUAAAUGGGUUGAAUUCAGUUCCAAUAGGAGCGUUAUUCUUUGUGUAUUUUGAGUUCACUGAUGAACUGGGCCACUCCGAGACUUCAGUUGCUCCUUGUAUAUUAUUAAUAAAAUUAAGUUACAAUCAACUAAUGGAAGUUACCAAUGUUGACAUUCAAAGUAUAGGUAGCUUAACUAUUUUCUACAUUAGUGCAUUUGCUCUUAAGAAAAUGCAUUUUCCUUUACCCCAUCUUAAAAGAAGGAUCUUAGGAGCAACAUACACUUUCUUAACAUUGUCAGUGCUUUGCCCAGGAUUGUCCAAAAAUAGGCAAACUGGGUAACUGAAAUGGAAUACUGGAGUAAAAAACUGAAGAGGUGGUGCUGCUGCCAUUUUUCUAUGAACAACCAUGGGUUCCCAGAUACAACUUGAAACACAAGGGAAUUCUCCUGCUCCAAUAUUGACCAAUUAACCAGAUUCUGAUUUAGUGAUAUUGAGUAUAUAAUUUACAAUAGUAAUUUCAUUUAACUGUUCAAUUAGCUAAAAAGUACCUUAAUACUUUUCAUGGCGUGUGACCACAGCCAGAAGUGAGGAAAUCUGGCUCGUUUUAUUUUAAGUUUCAAUUUUCAGCAUAUAACAGUUUGAUUAUACAUAUUCUCUCCACCAUAAACAGACUCAAUCUGUAGUAACACAGUGGAUCAUUUGCUCUAUUUUUCCAAGCAUCAGUUCUAAAGACUAUCCAAUCCCAUCGUCCCUUCAGUUAUUUAUCUAAUUCACUGUAGAAGUUUUUAAAUCUAAUCUACUUCCACUGCCAUUUCAGGUAUUGCAUUCUAAUUUAUAAAUUGCAACAUAGAAAUUGUUUUAUUCUUCUAUCCAAUGAUUUCAUUUUCCCUGUGACACCAAAUUCAGUUACUUGCUGUCUUCCUAGCAGAAGCAAAUUUUCUCCCAAAACUAUUCAAUUUCAAACAUCUCUAAAAUCUUCCAUCAAUUUUCUCAGCUCCAAAAUAAGCAACACACAGAAAAUUUCCUUGGUGCACUGAGGUCUUGAUGUUUCCUUGGAAGAAUGAAGCCCCAGAUUAGGCAAUGUUCCAAUUGACUAAAUGGUGAUUUGUAAAAGUUUAGUCUAAGUACCACCAGAUACACUCCAGCAGUUCC